AUGCGCGAAGUACCAGAAGUUGCAGCAGUCCCAGCAGUCCCAGCCUUUAAUCUAACGGAAUUGGACCACAAGCUCCUGGCCAUGACCGAUGAGGAGUUCGUAUGCCACGACUGGGAAGACUUAAAAAGUAUUAUCGCGCGAAAUGAUCUCGGCGCACUCAAGCGGAAACCUUCCGAUCUCCGCCGAUACCUAGCCUGGACACAAGAAACCAAAAGCCAGUAUGGCACCAUCAUGAAUUAUAUUUGCCAGCAGCGAUUAAAGUGGCAUUUACCGGUAAACACUGCCAGCGGCACUGGCUCCGCGGUUAUUCAGCAAAGCGGGACCUUCAAGAACCCGCGUCCCUUUGCCGAUCCCGAGGACUACAAGAUCCUCCGCAAUGACUGGCCCUAUGGCCUCACCCCCGGAAUUUCACAUCUGGUUGUGUGGCUGCGUACUCCCAUCCCUGUACAAUCUAGUGAGGGCCAUUUGACCGAGGAAUCUCGUGCAAUGAUCAACAGUUUUGUUCAAAAGACUUUCGUGGACCGGUUGGCUAAGGACCCUCAGAAUUUCUCGGACCCUGGCUCCCAUGUGCUGUGGUUUAAGAAUUGGGUCGGUUUACAGAGCGUGAGGGCAUUGGAGCAUGUCCAUAUCUUGGUCCGUGAUGUCCCUGAGGAUAUAUUAUUCGAAUGGGCAAACGAGUGA